AGUCCUCCCCACUCUAUUGUUCUUGGUCUUCGUGUUAUUUGAGAUUUUCAUGGAGAAUUUGAAGAAAUUGUCGUAUUUUGGGCCGUAGACUAUACAUAGACUGCUCUGACGUGUUGUAAAUCCUCUCUACAAUGAUCGUGGCAAAUCCUGACGCCUUAAAAUCAUGGUUAACCCGAGUUCUGGAGCCGUUGUGCGAUGCAGAUCCAGCAGCUCUAGCGAAGUAUGUGUUUGCCCUGGUUAAAAAGGAUAAGCCUUUACAGGAGCUGAAAGAUAGUAUGGUUGAGCAGCUGGAAGUUUUUCUUCAGAAUGAAACCAAAAAAUUUGUAGCCCUGCUGUUUGUUGUGCUGGAGAAACAAGAUUACUCGCUUCCAGUGCCAGCCUCAAUCAAACAGUUGGCCACAGGGGAGGCACCUUCUUCUACCACUGAAGUUGAUGUCAAGCCAGAUGCUCCAAUUGAACCAGAACCCGAGUCACAACCCAAAGUAGUGUCCCCUUCACAGAGUACAACCCAACCCACUGUUUCAAGUAGUACAUCAAGCAGUGUGAACUCUGCUAGUGCUACUCCCAGUAGCUCAAGUGUGCCUGUGGCUAGCGUGGUGCAAGUCAAUGGCACUGCAGUGAACUCUGCUCCUGCUCCAAGUAACAAUGCGAAGACUUCUCACAGGAAAUCAGAUUCUGACCGGGAUGAAAAAGGACGAACCGGAAGAUCUGGUCGGCAUUCAUCACCUGGUAGAAAUAGAUCACGUUCACGUUCUUGGGACAGACCUAGACGUUCUCGCAGCCGUGAUAGACUAAGAGAUCGUGAUCGCUGCCGCUGGCGUAACAAGUCACCACCUGCCCGUAGAUAUGAAAGGGAGAGGAGAAGAAGCUGGUCACGGACAAGAGGUGGAUCUCGUUCAAGAUCCAGGUCCAGGUCACCCAGACAUGGAUCAGGAUUCAGAAGUAGUAGGUACCGCCGAUCACCUGCCGGUAGAGUAUCACUGUCACGCUCAAGGUCUCACUCUGCUGAACGCAAAAAAGAGCCACUUUCUGGUACAGCUACUCCAACACAGGACAGCAACCAUGGAGAUGAGUCCCGAGUCAUCACUACUUCACAGAGUAUUCAAAGUGUUGUGAGCCAAGUGCCUAAACGCCGCUGCAGGGAUUUUGAUGAGAAAGGCUAUUGUAUGAGAGGUGAUCUAUGUCCGUAUGAUCAUGGUACUGACCCAGUUGUUUUGGAAGAUGUAUCUCUUUCUCAAGUUCUGCAUCCUUCACAACCUGGCUCAGGUCCUCCUGGUUCAGGUGUCCCUAGUGAAAUUGGUGGACUUCAGAGUACAAUAGCAGUUGCUCCAUCAGGCCCUGGUAUCAUGGGUGGAGCUCAACAGUCAAUGGUACAGAUUCCUGGGCACAUGCCACCUUUCCAUGCAAGAUUUCCUCCCCCACCGCCACCUGUUCCUGCAGCAAUGGAGUAUAAUCCUGACGCACCAAGUAUGGAGCCUCGCAUGACAUGGAGCCGUAUGCCACCCAGAGGUGGACUUGGUAUGCGAGGACGGAUGGUACGAGGUCCUCCUCCUCCUCAGCAACCACCUUACAACUCCAUGCACCAGCAGCAGCGAGAGCUAGUUUCUGUGCCCCUUAACGACCAUUCUGGUGGGAUGGGUGUUCAUCCUGGGUACAAGAGACCUAUGCCACAGGAUAAUAACCAAAAUUAUCCUAUGCAUGGAGAGACUUUACACCUUGAUGGACAUUCACCCAUGAAGAGACGUCCAGCAUUUGACUAUGGUCGCCUAGGUCCUGUUGGCACUCGUGCCAAACACAAUCAAGGAAAUUGCUCAUUAGACGUCAAAAAAAUCCCUCGUGGAGUUAAUAACAUUACUCAUUUGAACAACCAUUUUGCCAAAUUUGGGAAAAUUGUUAACAUUCAAGUUCAGUUUGAAGGAGAUCCUGAGGCUGCCCUUGUGACAUUUUCCUCUCAUGCAGAGGCUAAUGCUGCAUACAGAAGUACAGAGGCUGUGUUGAACAACCGUUUUAUUAAAGUGUUUUGGCACAACAACAAUAACAAUAAUGGUGCCAAUAGUAAUGAGCAAGGGAAGCAGGAAAAUGUUCCCCCUAUGAAGCCAUCGGUAAGAGAGAGAUUAGGAGCUCCUGUGCCACCUAUGCAGGUCAAGGUUCUCAACACCAAGGUUGCUCCACAAUUGACUGAUGAAGAAAUUGAAGAGCAAGUUAUGAUGUCUGGCAACAGCCUCACCAAGACCUUGUUCAUCAAGAAGGAGGUGUCUCCUGCUCCUGCUCCCACCCCUGUACUAGCUUCCGCUCAGGUUAACAAGGCGCAGGCAGUGGCUAAGUUACAGGCACAGCAAGCCGCUGCUGCAGCUGCUAUGAAAUUGAAAAUGCAAGAAGUUGCUGCUGCAAAGCAAAAUAUAAGAAAGAAGCAAGAAGAAAAGCGCAGGGAAGCAAUGCAAAUUACCGCAGAUCUGAGGAAGAGAAAGCAGGAGUUGUUAGAAAAACAACUUGACCAGCAGAAACAAUUAAUCCAAAGACUUGAAAAGCAAGAUAUCACUAAGGAACAGCGUCAAGAAGUCUUGAACACUAUCAAGUCAUUACAGGAAAGUGUUGAGAAAAUUCGGAAAGAUCUUGCAACAGUCAUGGGUAGCACUGCCAACACCAUAAAAGUUACUGCUGCUAAAUUAGUCAAAUCACCCCCUUCAACAAAGACUCCACCUACAAACCUAGUCAAGAAAACCAAGGAAGAGGCUCAAAGAGAAAUUCUGGAUGCAGAGCUUGAUCUUAUUUCCAAACAGCAGGAAGGUGCAGAUACAGCUGAACUUCAGCGCAAAGUGGCAAUUUUAAAAAUGGAAGCAGCCAACCAAGCUAUAGUGCAGGCACCCACAAAAGCUGUGCGUGGGGCUCUUCGUACAGUUCGGGGUCGUGGAAUAACUCGUGCUGUGGCUGCACGAAAUCCAGCUCUGUACAGGUCUGGGGUUCGCAGAGGGGGAUUUACUGGGCAUAGUGUUGAUCACCGGCCGUCAAAGAUCCUUGUGUCUGGAUAUGAAGAGGAUGACAAAGUUGAUGUCUUGGCCCAUUUUGCUCAAUUUGGUCAAAUUGUUGACCAUGAGAGUGAUGAUGCUAUUCCAUCACUAGUCCUCAACUACAAAUCUAGGAAAGAAGCUGAGCUAGCUAUGACCAAAGGAAGAAACUUUGGAGACAGGUUACUGUCAAUAACAUGGCAGGCAGGUGUUCCAAGGCAAGGUCGCAACUCUGCCCACCUACUCUCAACUGUUCAUCUGAACUCUCACCAGCGACAAGUUAUGAUGGUUGGUGACCCGGCUGACCUUAUUGAUGAUGUUGAGGGUCAUGUAGAAGAUGAGGAAGAGCUUGUUGGACUGGAUCUUGAACCAAGCGAAGAAGCUUUGCUGCUUGAUGAUGAGGAAGAGGAUGAAGAUGGGGAAGACCGCAGCUGGCGACGAUAGUUGUUCACCAUACACUACUCAGCUGAUCUAAUUAAUGUGCUGAGUAGUAUUAUCUAUCCUUAACAUCACUUCCAGCAAGUUACUUUUGUUUGGUUUUUGCUUUUAUUUUUCUCACAUGAAAUUUUUAAGUUCCCUGAAAAUUUGAUGAUUCACAAUUACCCACUCAAAUUAUUAGUAAUGUAAAAAUGUUACAUUAUCCCAUCAAUAUUGACAUUUCUGUAAUGCGUAAUCAAUUUUCCUUUCACCCCUUUUCCCCAAAUUACUUAAUCCUAUAAGGGUUACUUUUAACUUAAUCACAUCUUCAAGUUUUCUUUUUGUUUUCUUUUUAUAAAUGUGAAGAUUUGUUUCCCCCUCAUUUUAUUUUGAAGUGACUGUUGUGAUAGCUUGGUUGCAUAGUUUGCUGGAAGUUUGUUUUGGCCAAGACUGAUCUGUGUGUAUUCAAACCGUGGGAUGACUAGUAGAAACCCUUUUCUCCUUUUUUUGCUGUGUCCAUUGUAGUCAAACUCUACUGAACCCAUUUGUCUUGCUUGCCCCUCAGCAUAAUCGGAGUAUGCAGACAUCUUGUGACGUGCUGAGCAUGCCAUGCAACCAUGUAUAUUAAGUGAUUUGUUGCUUUGUUUUUAAGUACUGAAGAAAUUGUAUUCUUUGUAGGUAUGUAUGUAAUUAUUGAAAGUGUUUGUUGUGCAAUUUACGUGUAAUUCUUCAUCACUGCAUAAGGAGGAAAGCGAAAGUAAUAUUCUCUUCCCUGUUAUGAACUGUAACCCUGUGCAGAAUGUAAGAUUAUACUAAAAUAAUAAAUACCACCUCUGGGAAAAUUCUAUGGAUGUUCUUUUCAUCUUGUUAGGAGGCAUUUUGAAUGCUUUCCACUGUGAUUGGCUUGACAGGUGUGUUUUGUAGCUAUAGUGAAUUCCAUAACUGCGUAUUGUAACAGUUUGUGUGUUGGUAGAGGGUCAACUAGAUUUUAAUCAAUCCCAUUUCUGAUGCAAUAAAGAAAGGCAUUUGUCGCUGCAGUUUCAAACUUUUGACCUGUUUUUCUGUGAUCUUUUGGUUUGGAACAUUUAAAUGAAAUAUGAAUAACAUCAGUGCAAUUUGGCUGUGCCCAUUAUUGAUUUUAAGAGGACAAUGUUCCACACAUUUUACAUACAGGAACUAAUUAAAUUUCUUGUGCUGUCAUUUUUUAAUUAAAGAGAACUUGUUCGGAUGUAAUCAAAUUUUGUAUAUUAAGCUCUUGAAAAGUGUGUAGAUUUUACUCAGAUAUGGAAAUCACUGCCUCAACUGACCUAGUACAAAUUAUCUGUGUAAUGUUAACGUCAAUCCACAUUUAAUGGAGUGGUGAAGUGCUAGAACUUGACUACAACCAUGUCUUUUGCUGUGCCUUUGUGCCUGUUGCAUGUCUAAAACAUUUUUGGAGAUCUUUAAUGAUAUUGCAUAAACAACUGUUAAUUUGAUACAUUUAUAUGUUUGAAUGUAACCUCCUUGUCUCUUUUUCAUGGUAUUUUAUCAGAAAAUUAUUGGGCCACUUAUCAUUUAUGUAAACAAUUUUGGGGUGAUUUUGCAGUGCCCUGCUUUUGGAACUUUAGUACAUUUAGUACCUCUUUUUCUUAUGUCUAGAAUGAGCAACUAAGGUAUUGUGUUGCCAAGCUGAUAAUUUACUGUGGUGCCAUGGAGAGUGUAAAAAAUAUAUUAUAUAUCUGACUUGAACAAAUAUGAAUUCUAUUCUUAGGUUAACUUGUGCAGUACAUUAAUUUGGUGAAUUUGGCUGUGUCAAAUUCUUAUUUGUUGUAGUCACUCAUGUUCCUUCAUAAGGCCCGAAAUUUAAUGGGAAAUUGUAUGGCUUACUCUGAGAGCAGUUGUGGGAGAACGUAGUCAAACUAUUUCAUACUAUUGUCCACCUCAUUUGCCUGGAGACAGUGUUCGCUUGAGCUACAUUUUUGUAGGAACUUUACCGUAAAAUAUAUAAUUUUUAUAUUAGUAAAUGAA